AAGACAGCAUAAUAACUAUCUUUUGAAUUUUACUCGUACGCUUACUUAGUCACUUAGUCGCGGGGGACCGCUAGUCGAAUAUAUUCUACGAUAACGUCGGUGUAAGAAUAUCUAUAAAGGUAUCUACUGUAAUCGGUAGGUAUAACGCGUUGACUCAUAUUGGUUUGACUCAUUUUCCUCAAACAGUCCAUUGCCGAAACGCGUUCCAAGUAGUUUUAAUUUUUGUUUAGUGGUCUACUUGAAUUGUGUAGUGUUUACGGGAUUAAUAAAGUGUAAGGUAAAGCAGCUGUACAGUGUAAAACUACUCAUACAAGCAUAAUGUCUGUAAAAGCUGAACAAGAGUUCUCAACCGCCAUGUUCGGAUCGCAAACCGUUUGGCUUUGCCCGGACUUUCCUGCUGUGGAGGCAGCUGACAACCACGCGGUUCUUUACGAGAUACCUGGUAAUGGAGCUACAUGGCCUUACAAACCAACUGUUGGGGACGACAAAUGGGACUCGGAUCAUGUCAAAAUGCCGUGUUCGGAUCACAACUUGUAUAAUAUAGGUGAUGAAGCGGCCAAUGUUGGUAAGAAAUGGGAUUUGAUAGUAGAAGCACUUUCGAAGCCAAUGCGAAAUAGUCAGGGUAUUUUGGAAGCCGUACUGACUUACCAGCCUGGUUUCAAAGGCAUUUGGACUUUUACAGCGCUGCAUACAUUUUUCAAUGAGUAUUGGGACGUGUCGGAAAGUAAGAAGUUCUUCGAGGAAACUCUACCAGAGGUCAGAAAGCUGGCUUUGGCUUUACCAGAGUUAAUACAAUCGCCGAUACCUAUGUUGAAGAGAGAACAAAACAAAUCUGUCUCUUUUACGCAACUGCAGCUCGCUAGUUUGUUAGCGAACGCAUUCUUCUGCACUUUCCCGGAAAGAAACAACAAAACAAGGAAAUCCGAAUACAAGACGUAUCCACCGGCCAAUUUUAAUUUGUUAUACGAUGGUGGUGGAUCAAAAGUAAUGGAAAAGUUAAAAUGCAUUUGCCAUUACUUCACCAGAGUAUGUAAAGAACAACCGAAGGGCGUCGUCACGUUUUCUCGCCGUCACAUACCAGUAGUGGAAUGUCCCGAUUGGUCGAACAGUUCAUUGUCGAUAUCAAAAGUACCGUUUUUUGUCGACGCUGAAACUUUCAUUGAAGAUGCUCAGGGAUGUAUACAAGUGGAUUUUGCUAGCAAGUACAUCGGUGUUGGGGUGUUACACCGAGGUGCUGUGCAGGAGGAGAUCAGAUUUGUCUCUAAUCCCGAAUUGAUCGUUUCUAUGCUGUUCACUGAAGUCAUGGGACCCACCGAAACUGUCAUGAUCAAAGGAAGUGAACGCUUCAGUACGCACUCCGGUUACGAUAUGACCUUCAAAUGGGCUGGAGACUAUCGGGAUGAAACUCCACGUGAUCCCUCGAAUAGACGGCGUUGUGCUAUCCUAGUUAUGGAUGCACGUUGGUUUCCACAACCAUAUGAGCAGUACUCAAAGCGAAUGUUCGACAGGGAACUGAAUAAGGCAUAUGUGGGAUUUUCAUUCUAUAGUAGUAAAGAAGGCAUAAAUUACCCCGGGGUAGCGACGGGCAAUUGGGGUUGCGGAGCGUCCGGGGGUCACGCUCGACUUAAAUCCUUAUUGCAACUAAUGGCCUGUGUCGAAGCCUCCAGACCUAUGUGCUACUACACCUUUGGAGACAAUGAGUUGAAGGGAGAUAUUCUGAAAGUUUAUAGCUCAUUGUUGGAUCAUAAUGUUACUGUAGGGGACCUGUACAAAUAUCUUCUAGAGUUUUGUGAAUCGGAAGCUUUGAUAGCUGAUUUUUACGGAUAUUUGGAGGAAAUUAUGUCAAAAAGAUGACAUCGGGUUGACCUUUAAAUAUAAAAAAGAGUUGGUGUCAAAUAAAACACAUACCUAAUAUAAUUAAAAUUAUUUAUUAUCCCUUCAUAUUUCUAGCAUACUAAACGUAAUAAGUGUAUAAUAAUAAAUAAUUGAAUAGUAAUUUAGUUUUGAAAUAUUUCAGCCAUAUGCAUAUUAACAUCAUAUUAGGUAUUAACUAAAUUGCAAAGUAGGCAAAUCAUUAUUGUAUUAGUUCCAUAAAAACGUGGUUCUAUUAUGCUGUCAAUUUGCUACUGAAUUUUGCUAGACUAAAGCCAGUUUCCCACUCAGAUACAAGCUCGGCGUUGUGUUCAUAAAUUCAUAGCUAUAAUUAAAUUAAUAAACUAUUCUUAUAUGGUGUUAUGAACAGUCGAUUUAUCAGAAACAAUAAGUCUGUCUGUAACACCACUUAGAAUAAGUGCAACUCUGACGCUGAUUUUAAGCAAAACCCGUGCCAGAGGUAAAUAAUAACCCCGAGCAUGUACGCAUGUGGAAACAUAACAAUUUAAAAUAAAUAGUUAAACAAUAUAUUACCUAGCGACGUUUUAAAUAAGUGUUUAAAACUCUCUUAAUUACAAACUUUGGCGAAAUAUAACAAUAUACUAUGAAUCAUUAGAACAGCCUAGCUAUCAAAUGCACUGCUGGUAACUUUCAGUUAUAAAUAACAGAUUGUGCGUCCACAAUAAUAUAAAAUGGAUUGUGUUAUAUUUAAAGUACAAGUCCACCACAAAUUCAGCUAAGCUAAUAAAUCAGUGAGAUUGCGCCGUAAAGCAAAGGCUAUACCAACGCAUCCACGUCAGUUGUGGCGUUUUAAGCGUCUUGUGCGCAACAAGGGUUACUUAAAUGGAGAUAAAUUGUGAUUGGUCGCUCGCAGACGCUAUAUUGCACGUCACUGCGGACGCAAUUAAGACGCCUUGGUUAAGCCUUAACUAGUAAUUUUAUUUACUCGGUUUCUUGCCAAUAGCAACUGAUUGGUUAUUUUUAAAGAAAACAAGGUGGUGCUUGUAUACGAUGCUUUUGGACCGCGCGAACACGCACGGAAAUAUGAGGUCGUUUGCACGGUACAAGUAUAGAGAUACCGUUGCUUUGGCAUUAGACAACAUAUCUCAUUGGAUUUGCAGCCUUUUUAUAGGCACACCACUGUUUAGCCAAUAAGACACCGCGUUCGUUUGGUUCUGAUUUAUUGAGUUAAGUCUCCAUCUCAGUGUGUUAAGUUCACUAAAAUCAUAAAUCUUAGCUUUGUUGUAUCGCUGAUUUAUAGCUUAGUAGUCACACGGUAUAAAGAAGUAUGUGACGUUAUUCAUACAGUGGUGACAAUAACUUUGGUUCGUUCACUGUGGAUAUUGUGCAUAAUAAUUAUUACGGUCUAGUUACAAGUUUUUUUGGCCAUCACAACGUCAUGGCGGCAUUUCCUAUAAAAGGGCAAAUACGCCAUGUCUAUAGAUAAUAACGGUAAUACAAGGGGUAACAGAGAUAUAAAUAUAGGUCACGGUUACCCCUUAAGCAAAUUCUAUAGAUUUGUACUUAAUUUUACGUACUGAGUACGUCAUUUGUGCUUAACAGCUGUGAGUGUGCGUAUACAUAAAAAUAUUUUCGUGUUGCAAAAUUUAAAGUACAUUUCUAGGUCGGAAGGCGUAUUGGCUCUUUUAUAAAAAUUUACUCACUAAAUUAUUCGUAGGUAGAUAAUAUCGA